AUGGCGGCGGUCAAUUCCCUGGGAGUGCAUACUCCCGUUGCCCUUCCAUACCUACUAACUGAAGGCCUUCUUCCGCCCGACCCAAAGCCGGAUCAGUAUCAAUGGGACACCUACAUUGUCGCGGACGGUAACGAUUGUGUGGAGGAGGAGCUGCUGGUCACCCAAAAUGCUGUUGCUUGGUCGCAGGGAAGAUUUGUUCGAAACAUCUACCGCUUCGACUUGGAAGGCGAAUCCAUGGUGCAAGCGCUCCUCACUAGCUUUCCAGCCGCCUCAGACAUGCAGCCUGGAAUCUUCACUGCCCAUGCAAAUGAGCUCAGGCCACAACGGAGUAGCCUUAAUUCGUCAGGCUUUCAGGAGGAGACCGAGACCAAAAGACAGUCCUUCAAAAGCAAAUUUCCCCGAAGGGCGCUUGUUGUCUUGCUGAAGACCAAAGCUCAUAUUUACUUCUUGCGAGGCGCUCAUCAUAUCGUGGAUCUGCCUUUCGAGGUCGAGAGAGCAUUCGCAGCACCACGAGGUAUCAUACUGCAGAGGAAACGAACCGUCCAGUCUUCACUUCCUCCGACUCCACAAGUUCCGGCCGCUCCACCGAACUCGUUCUUCUCCUCGCAAGGCCGUGGACCUUCAUUUCUGAGGCAAUCAGUAUCUCCCACGCUGGUGAAGAGCUUCGCGAGGACAAGCUUCAUUCACAACAAGCCAACCCAGCCGAGCCCACUAGGUGGGAAUCCUAAGCUCAACACUCUGUUCCAGGAAGUUAUUGGAGCAUCUGGAAAGCGUGGCGACGAAGACGUUACGAACAUAUACUCUUUGAGUGGGCCUCUUUCCGAGCUGGGAGUGGUGACUUACUCGAUUCAACACCAAAGGCCGCAAAAGUCUACGAGAUCACGAAAUGCACUCAGUGUCGAGUUUGAAGGACUGGAUCCUGCAGAGAAGAUCAUUCAUGUCUCGGCGAAGAGUGAACUGUCCGGCUCGAAGGCCGACAAUACCGGACCGCUAUCGUUGCUCGUUAGCUUCAAUCACGACAUCAGUAUUGUCACUGUGUGGCAUGCUUGGUACGUGGAGGACAAAUCUCUGAAAACGCUCUUGAAACUUCGGGCAGAUCAGAAGGCCGCUAAGGCUAGGCGCCGAAGCUCCUUUUUGACUGCCAAUGUCGGAACAGGAGCGACAACGCCAGCUGUGCGACGAAGAGACGGCGCUAGGGAGAGCUUUGUUGCGCCAAACCAUCCAGUCGGAGAGCUCGCUGGUUCUCAGGGGACUACAUUGUCUCGUAACCAAAGUAAGCAGCAACAAGAAGAAGUCAUGGCCUCUCAAAUGGACCCAGACUACCAGCCUGCUGGCUCCCAGCAACCUGCUCGAGAGAACCGGAGGAUCAGCUCCAUGAACACGGAUGUUCGUGCCAGCCAAACGACUGUCAGUGCGAGCUUUGGGGGCGGCGGUGGCAGACGUACUACCUCCUUUGGUGGACCGAAUACCAGGAGGUCGCUCAGCCACAGGAAGAGCCGUGGCUCGACACCAGGUAGUGCCUAUGGUCAAAGCCUUGGUGGUGAUGAGUCAAUGGAUCUCGACAGCACACUCGAAUUCGACAGCGAAGAGACUACUGAUGAGAUUCUCCAACACAUCCGGGCGACAAUCGAAAGAUCUGGCGUAGACAACGUCUUCGACAGCUCGGAGGAAGGCUUCAAGCGCGAAUUGAUUGUAAGGAAGAUUCACUCCUUUCCGGCGGGCCUACCGACACCUUCGCAAAACUCCAACCAUGAAGCUAGCACAAAUUACAAGGUGGUAACGCUGCUGGAGCCACGCGGUGCCCAGGCCUCUCAAGAGCAGAGCCUGGCGAUUUAUCUUCACGACCGUACCGAUGGCGAGCUGCAGUACAUGCAAUUGAAGAUCAAGCAAAGAUUAUUGUGGCCAGAGUUGCCAGCAUCGCCGUGUGCUGCAAUUCCGCUUCUUGUCGAUCAGCGACGGCUGGACCGCUGCGAGGACAUCCUCAAGAUACACGACGGCGAAGCUGAAGCAAUCUUACUUGGAGGGCGAGGGAUCCAACUCGGUCUAGAUCAGCGCUCACUUUGCCCUCUGCCCUCUAAUGCAUCGUAUAGAUUUCACGAUCCCCUGAGUGUUCUGUCAGCGGAGACCAGCGAACACAAGGACGUGGGCAAGAAUAGAACGCUUGAACGUCCUCUAACGCCGAUUCGACUUCAGCAUGCAGGACCGAGUGCGAGAUUUGAUGAGACUGGCAUCGAUGGAGUAAAACACCGACGCAGGCUUCAACUACAACCAGCGGACCCGCAAGUUGAGAAGUUGCUUGCAGUCUGUGAAGUCUUACUUCCGAGAUCACAAAGUCAAAUUGUUCGAAAGCUGUGGUGUCAGUCAUACGCCUGGCUAAAGGCUAACGUCGGCAUCUUACAAGGAACGAGUAGCUCUGUCGAGUUCGUAGCUUUCGUUGCAACAAUCUUCACGUUCGCCAUCGAUCUACUCGACGCCAAGGCACGAGCCGCUCCUAACAUCUCCAAGAUGGCAACUGGGAAGGGCAAUACACAAUCCACAUCGGCUCUGCAGCUCCAAGCAACAACACAUGCAAUGGCUCUGGAGCGUUCUUCAGUCUGGUCAUGGCUACCUCCUCAAAGGCCAACCUCCAUCAGAAAUUCUCCCAGGGGAUCGGACUCACGCAAAGAUCAACUUGUAGUCGUUGCUGCUUCUCUGGCAGAUGAGCUCUCUACGUCCCUCAAGACAGAUGCACUCAGGCCAGCCGAUCUGAUCAAUGUGGCUGCCAAGCUCAUGCUCGGGCUGCACCUAUGUCACGAAGAACAGAAGCUAAGUGUUCUCUCCAAGAUGGAGACGUCAAAGCUAGACAUAGCUCCUGUGGUGGCACAGAUCGGCACGUGGCUAAAUCUGAAACAUUGGGCCUAUGGCAAAGGGAAAUAUUACGAGCUCGAAGGUGCCACAGAUGGACGCUGGGCGUAUGUCAAAUCGACUGUUGCAAGUCCUCCUCGACUUGAGUUUUUCGAUCAACCAGUCAGCGUCUUCCAAUGGUUUGAGCAUUCGUUAAAGCACGGUUCAUCAGAGCGUUAUCCAUCAUUCUCCUCGAUCGCGGAAAUGGAUGGGACGAACUCGUACGGGUUGGACACGUUGGAAAACACUGUGACUCCUCGGCUGUUGGCCUUGUCGGACAUGGUAUCUGCAACGCGUGGCGUGACGACUAGCCCUGUAACAACAGUCGAAUGCUUGGCUGAAAGAGGCUUUACGGUUGAGAUGUUAGACACGUACCCAGAAGCGAUAUCUGCCCCUUUCAAGGACGCAAUCGCUAGGUGUGAAAAGGAGCCUCCAACGAUCUGGAAGGACGAUUUACUGCAGUUGGUGGGCCGGGACGAUCUCAGUACAAGCGCAAGAGAGGCACUUUCCUCAGCGCCAAAACUACAGUGGCUUUUGUACGGUGCCUCGAGGGACGUCGCCGCCGUCAUUCAUGUGUUGGAUCACCCUGGGCUGCAACUCAAAACAAGGGAAGCGGGACGUCACGCCAUUUCCCAAUUGAUCUUCAGCGAAGACAGGAGGUUAGUGGAGGCGAUGAGCUUGAUGCAUUUCAACAGCGUGCAGGUCGCACAGUGCCCUAAACAGCCAGAUUGGGACGAGGCAACACACUUUGAACAUCAGCGUAGAUUGAUGCAUUGGGUGACGAUACGCAUGAUCGCAUUGCCUGCUGGCGAUGGCAUGAUACACUACGACAGUCAAACGCCCCUUCUCACGGAGAAAUACCAUCUGCCCGGCUUCAACUCCUCCUGUGUCAUGCAGCCUAUGGGGCAUACGUUGACAACAGAUCGAAGUGGACUGACCGAGGAGAAGGUCAAUUGGGCGUACUUUCAUGCUGGCGUGUCUGCAGGGAUGAGAAUUUCUCGAAACGUCAAGGGAAUCGAUACGUCUUGGAUUGCCUUCAACAAGCCGAAUGAGCUCACGAACAGACACGCCGGAAUGCUUUUGGCCUUGGGGCUAGGUGGUCACUUGCGGAACUUGGCGAAGUGGCUUUCCUUCAAAUAUCUGACGCCAAAGCAUACGAUGACCUCCGUCGGCCUUCUCCUUGGGCUCUCGGCUUCGUAUCUUGGCACCAUGGAUGGCCUUAUCACCAGAAUGCUGUCUGUCCACAUCACUCGGAUGCUGCCGCCCGGUGCUGCUGAGUUGAAUGUCUCGCCGGCCACGCAGACAGCAGGUCUCAUGGGUAUUGGCUUGCUCUAUUACAACACUCAGCAUCGGCGAAUGAGCGAGAUAAUGCUUUCUGAGAUUGAGUACAUGGAAAUGGAGGAUCCAGACAGCGGACCAGACAUGCUGAGAGACGAGUCCUACCGCCUGGCAGCUGGAUUUGCGCUUGGCUUGAUUAAUCUUGGCAAGGGCAAUGACCUGCGAGGGUUGCACGGCAUGUAUCUGCCGGAACGGCUUUUGGCGGUAGCGGUUGGCCCUCGCCCGGUCAACGCAGUUCACGUCUUUGACAGAGCCACUGCCGGAGCAGUCGUUGCUGUGGCGCUUGUCUACAUGAAGUCCGGCGACAGGGCUGUGGCCAACAAGAUCGACAUUCCAGACACUGAAGCACAGUACGACCAUGUGAGACCAGACAUUCUCAUGCUUCGUGCCAUGGCCAAGCACAUCAUUCUCUGGGACAAUAUCGAGGCGCAGGGCAUUGUGUCCGGCCGACCUGGUUGGAUCCACGCGAACCUGCCGAACUUCUACAAGAGCAAGCUCGUGGACGCAAGCAAUCAGGUCACCAUGAAGAACACCAUGAACAGUGCUCACAUCCCGCUCUUCAACGUCUUCACUGGACUGGCUUGGGCACUGGGACUCAAGUACGCAGGCAGUGGGAAUGUCCUGGCCCGCGAUGAGAUUCUGGGUGUGCUGAAGGCUUUCUACGCAUUCGGCUGGUCAGAAUCAUACUAUUUCGAUGCCAAGCUGGGACGUUCUGCACUGAAGCGCUGCAUGGACGCUCUCGCUCUCUGUGCGGCUGUGGUCAUGGCCGGAACUGGUGAUCUUGAGACUUUCCGCUAUCUUCGUCGCAUGCAUGGCCGUACCGAUUCUGACACUACCUACGGUUCUCAUCUUGCCGCCCAUCUGGCCAUCGGUGUACUCUUCCUGGGCGGUGGGACGUUCAGCCUCGGGACUUCAAAUUUGGCGAUUGCCUCCCUCAUCUGCGCAUUUUACCCGCUGUUUCCCACAGAUGUACAGGACAACCGAGUUCAUCUUCAGGCAUUCAGACAUCUUUGGGUCUUCGCCGCUGAGGCAAGAUGCAUCAUCAUAGAGGAUAUCGACACACAGCGACCAAUUCACAUGCCCAUCAAAGUCACUAAGCGGGACGGGACAGAAGUGAGCAUGCGAGCGCCGUGCUUGCUACCAGAGCUGGACACUAUCGCAACGAUACAGACCGAUAACCCAGCUUAUUGGCGCGUAACCCUCGACUUUGCGAACAAUCCAGAGCAUCUGAAAGCCUUCCGCGAGGACCAGCGAGUCUUCGUUAGGCGAUGCCCAGCAGCAGAAGCCCACUCGUCAGCUUUCAGUGCUGCAUUGGCGGCGUUGAAUGAUGCCCAGACGGCUACAGUGCUCAAUCCGCAGAUCUGGCACACGCUGUUCAAUCUUCACGCUUUCAAGGAAGUAGAUCGCGCUGAUGUCGAGCUUUUGCUUCCUCCUGAUGUCCACAGCUCCGUCUAUUCGGACGAUCGUGCAACAGUGGUGGAUGACAGAAUGGUACUGAGCAAGGCAGUGCGGGGCAACGAUCGGAAUGCAUUGUGGAAUUUGAGGGUGCUGUUUGCUUGGGCGGAGAGGGCGAGACGUGAGGGUGAUGGGAAGGUGAGGUGGCUUGGAGAGGAGGUCAUUGAGGGGUUGAGAGCGAGUGUUGAAGAGAGGGCUAGGCGCUCGAGUGCAUAG